AUGUGGCAACCAUGUCAAAUUUUUAGAUUGGCAAUCAUGCUUUCGUCAGGAAUCCUAACUGUUUGCACAAUACGUCAUUCUGCACAAUACACUCAUGAUGAAGGCAAUCGGAAAGAAAAUGAGAAUGAGCAGAACUCAAUGAGAAUAUGCACUCAUCAGGAAAUGGCACGAUGGUCGACUGUAUUAUCAGGGGUAUUCCUGGCCCUUACGAUGAUAUUGUCCCUUGGCAAACUUCUGAUGCUUGCCACCGGAAAUGGAAACAACGGGGAUCUCACCGAAGCAGAUCAAUGGCUUGCCGAAAUUGGAUUGAAACAAUACCGAUCUCUUUUCAAAACAAAAGGUCAGAAUUCUUUUAAUCACAUUUCCAGUUCGAUUAUUUUAUAACUCUCAUAUUACAUGACGAAGAACAUUCAUUAGAUGUUCUACAAACAAAAGGAGUUUUUGGUUUGUAAAUCAUGAUUAUGAUUGUCAUAUUACGAUUGCGUAAAUAACCCUGAGUUAAAAAAUUAUGUUUAUGGAUUUAAAGUAAAUCAAAUUAAACGGUGUUGAACACAAUAAUCGACGAAGUUAUAAUACAUUUUCUUUGGCAAAUCUUUAGAAUCAUUCUGAAUUCUUUAAAACCAUACAGUAGUUUCGUUCUCGUAGAAAUUCAUUGUUUGAUAUAUAAUCAGUUUCGUUUACAUAUUUAUCAAUUGUUCGUAAAUUGAGUGAUAAACUUUCGAAAUUGUAUAAUAAUGAGCAUAGAGAGCCUUCGCUCGUACAAACGUUAUUCAUUAGUUUAUCAGGAAUGAAAUUAUGCUUCAAAAUUCAUCAACUCUUUCGCUUCGAAGAACACAUAUACAUGUGUAUGUACUUAUAUAUGCUUGAAAAUUAUACCCAUGUACGUGCUCGAAAAGUGUACAUUCACGAAGAAUAUAUGCAUAUGUGUACACAUGCUCGAAAAAUGUACUCUUGCUUACACGGACGUAUAUACAAUAUGUAAAUUAUUAAGAAAGUUAUAAAAUAAUUUAAUUGUAAUAAAUGAAAGCAGAUAAUUCAAUUGUUAUAUAUUAUGUAUAUAUCGUGUGCUGUACGCGAUAUAUAGAGAGUAUACAUAGAAGUUGGGGAAAAACGUUAGCAGCAUGUAGUAUUCAUCAAAACAAGUAAAAAAGAGUAACAGAUUCUAUUCCAUAUUUAUCUAGAAUCUAUUGAAAGAAAAACAAAUACAAUCAUAGUAGUAUUAUACAAAUAAACAUGUGAUAUCAUUCAAUGUAUGAUUAUUUAAUAUUUACGUGCGUACAUGAAUGUUCUUCAGCUAUAAAAUUCCGAAAUUGCAGAUAAAUGAAUUGACACAAUGAGUCGAAAACUGCUGUCAAGAAGUAAGAGAAAUACCGGAGAUGUUCCAACGUAUAUGAAUGCUUCUAUGAGAAAACGUGCCGAAGCGUGUAUUUGAAAUGAAGGUAUAUUAAAAAUAUUCUGUAAAAGAAAAAGCACCUCGUAACGCCGAAAUGAAUGGUUCAUGUUCAAGACUUUUUUGCUGAUUUUUGAUGAAUACUACGAAAAGUUUUCCCCCAACUUUUUUGUAUACUCUGUACAAAAAUCUAAUUGAUGCGCAAAAGAGUACAAGUUGAAAUAGUCAGUUUUACAGAAAAACACAUAAUAUUUAAAGUUAAAACGCAAUGUAGGAUAAGAUAUC